GGGUUUGUUCUCAACUAACCAUGUAGUGAAAUUCGUACAUUUGCAAGAUCGUGCAUAUUUAAGGCGUGCGGCGACACUUUAGAUAUGAUUUAACAAAUGAGCACCGGUACGGUAGCAUGCUUGUUACAGCAACCAAUGCAAUGCUUAUCACGAGAAGCUGCAUUCUGUGUUCGUGGAGAAAGAAUCAUUAGCUAUAUUCUUGUUUUUUAUGUGAUAGUUGCUACAUUCUUCGGUAAACAAUGCUGAUGGCGGUGCUGGCCUUUUCAGAAGUUUUUUUUAUUCUUUUCUUUAUACGAGAACACACAAGUGUUCAGAUGUUGCAGCUCUCAGUAUUCUUCAGCACUACCACAGAUAGCGGUGAUGGGCGCAGACUCCCAUCUUACUAUGACAAUUUACGACAAACCGAUAACAUCUAUACUAUAAAGGAUGAAACUUUGAGAUACAAUUUCUUCAUAGAUUUACUCUUCCUUACCCCACAUAGAUGCAUGGGUCCACAUAUGAGGCUCGAUGUUUAACGAGAAAGGAGAACCCAAGAAAAUGACUGAAGCAAAAUAAUUCCACCAAAUGCCCAUGUUUUCGUUGCACGUACCCGCAAGUGUACCGGGAUCUGAUAGCAGCCAUUGCAGGCAAGAGCGUCGCAGAAAAGGCUGCUGAACGCGCCAGAUGGUCCGCUGGUCUGUUCCCGUCCUAAAGUAUGUGCAGAUAUAACCGUCCUGUGGGCCUGAAUCUGGGGGGAGUACAUUCCGUCCAAACGCUUGAUUUCGUGCAGGCUUGAAUACAAAACAGGGUAAGGGCCUCGACUUCACUUUAUUUCACGCUGGUUUCUUGGCAUAUUUGGAAAGAGCGGAAUGGCAGGGGUCUAUAUUUUAAUUAUACUAUUAGGUUUGUUAUGAUGAUAUAUUUAAGACGAAGACUAUACUCAAAUGUGGUUUUUUGUUAUGUUAGAAUAAUUAUAUAAUUAUAUUGUGAAUGUGGAACAAUUAUUGUUCCAGUUAUACAAUAAAAAUUGUUCUAUAUCUCCAAAAAAUGUUCUAAAAAUUUAUCUAAUUUUGAUCACAAAGAGUGCAAUGGUAUCAAUCUUCAAACAAGUCAUCGAUCCGUCCUAACGGGAUUUUUUUUUAAUUUUUCAUUCUAGCACGGUAGCCUCCUCUCCUUCUUUAUCUCCACCAAAACUCGCACAAGCAAGCAUUCGGUCUGGGCUGUGAUUUAAAUAUGUGCCCGGACAGAAUCAUGCAUCCACACACGUUUUUUCCACAUGGAUAUAAUAAGAUGCUCGAUCGAUGCGGAAGCGCAUCAUCCCAAUCACGUCGCGCCCCAUGCAUGCAUGCCGCCGCGUCGUCGUUGAUGACUGGCACCUUCCCCGGCCGUCACUUUGCUAGCUGCAGCUAUAUAAACGUGGGCAGAAGCAUCUCAUCCUCCCACCACCACUGGACGGACCUCCAAAGUUUCCAGCGUUAGUUCAAGAAACACAAUAGCACCGCCGCUAGUAGAAACCAGCGCCACGGUGAUCGACCUGCUCCUGCUCGGCUCCUCCCCACACACGAGCGGAGAUAAGCUUCAACCCAUCGAUCGAUCAAGCGAGACAAUCCCGUGCCACCUAGCCACUAGCGACAAUGGCUUUCGCGGUCAAGGCUGCAUCGACCUCCCAGUGGACUUUGUCCCCGGCGGUUCAUCAGCCGUCAUCGCUCACGACGCGGGCGGCGGCGUCGGUCGCGAAGAUGCCGGCGGGGCGGAGGAAUGCUGCGGCGGCGGUCAUCAGGGCGGUUGCCGCCUUGGCUCCGCCGCCUGCCCCGGCGCCUCCCAGGCCAGCGGGCAAGCGGUGCCUACCGUUGUCGCAGACCAUGUCCAGGCUCAAGGCGCGGGGCAAGACAGCGUUCAUCCCGUACAUCACCGCCGGUGACCCCGACCUAGCGACGACGGCGGAGGCGCUGCGGUUCUUGGACGCCUGCGGUGCUGACGUCAUCGAGCUCGGCCUGCCCUUCUCCGACCCCGACGCCGACGGGCCCGUCAUCCAGGCCUCAGCAGCGCGGGCGCUGGCGAGCGGCACUACGAUGGAUGGCAUGCUGGCGAUGCUCAAGGAGGUGAAGCCGGAGCUGUCGUGCCCGGUGGUGCUCUUCUCCUAUUUCAACCCCAUCGUCCGGUGGGGGCUGGCUGACUUCACCGCCGCCGCCAAAGAAGCCGGUGUAGACGGUCUGAUAGUCCCCAACCUCCCUUAUGCUGCCACCUAUGACCUCAGGAGUGAAGCCAUGAAGAACAACCUCGAGCUGGUGCUGCUCACAACACCAUCUACACCGGAAGAGCGGAUGAAGGAAAUCACAAGAGCUUCUGAAGGUUUUAUUUAUCUUGUGAGUGUCGAUGGCGUUACAGGUCCCCGCGCAAACGUGAGCACACGUGUCGAAUCUCUCAUUCAAGAGGUUAAACAGGUCACUGACAAACCCGUGGCUGUUGGAUUUGGCAUAUCAAGACCUGAGCAUGUAAAGCAGAUUGCGGAGUGGGGAGCUGAUGGAGUUAUCAUCGGCAGUGCAAUGGUGAAACAGUUAGGCGAAGCAGCAUCUCCCAAAGAAGGUCUAAAACGGCUAGAGGAUUACACCAUGAGCAUGAAGAAUGCAUUACCAUGAAAUAUAAAUGUAUACUACACGAUCUGUAAAAGGGAAGCACCACUAAUACUGAAGCUGCCUUUCCGCUUUGGUGGUCGAUCGUCUUAGGCAAAUGCAACAAAAUUUCCAUAUGUGGUCACUAGCUACUUGAUCAAGCCCUCAACAUGUACGCAUGCACACAGCGCACCAUCCUUAUUAAUCCAAUACCAGUCCUCGCUUGUCA